CUCCCUCUUUCCCCCCGGGCCUCGUCUGCUCUGUUCGACUGUUGUUGCAGUGCCUUCGCCUCUCCAGCAAGCAAAGCCGACCCCCACACCAGCCAGUCAGGAAUCGCCGCCGGCGGAAGCCAAGCAUCAUCCCCAGACACCCCGUCCGUCAUGGAUCCGGCGGCGUGGCCGCCGUGGACGUCGCUCCUGCUGCGGGCGCUGAGCCGGCGGCGGACCUGGGUGGCGCUCUUCCUCGCAGUGUACGCCGCGCUGCUCUCCUCCUCCUGGUCCCUGCUGGCCUCCGUCCGCGCCUGGUACUACGCCGCCUCCUCCGCCUCCGCCUCGGCGGCCGCCUCGGCAGCGCCCGCCUGGCCCGCGGCGCUCUACGCCUCCGUCACGUACGGCGCCGUGUUCGGCCUACUCUCCAUGGCCGCCGCGCUCGCCGUCGCCGCCCCCGCCAUGCUGGUCACCUGGACCACCGUCCUUGUGCUCCUCGCCUUCGCGGGGCGCCGGCCCAGGUCGCUCGUCGCCGAGGGCCGACGCGCCACCAGGGACAUCGCGGGCCUCGCGCUCCGCGUCCUCCUCCGCGAGGGCAACGCCGUCGCCGCGCUCUGCGCUGCCGCCAGCUUCGCCGCGCUCCUCCUCGGCCGGCGCGACGACGAUGCCGCACGCCGCGCUUCCUAGUUCGAGCUGGUUGUAGCCUGUUGUAGCAUCGCCCCCCUCCCCUUUUACACCUCUUCCUCCUCUUCUCUCAAGCUAGAUCUCCAGCCCUGUUGUUCCUCUCCGGGCGUAACCGCCUGCGCAAGAGAUUAUGAUUUGUUUGUUGCAGCUAGUAGGUGUAAAUUAUCACACCAGUUUGUUUCAGUUACUCCACAAAUUGGACACUGAUGGCAUCUGUAAUGAAUGUAGCUUGUCUUACAGCUCUUGACGAUGAAAAUGAUUCCGGGGGCUAACUAACCUUACAUACAGCGUACAUUUGUUACUGUUAGCACAGCUUUCUUUCAGAUGACGUGAUCUUUUUGUUAGGAACAAUAUUGGUCGCUGUGGUGGAACACUGGAAGCCAUCCUUAAUGGGCAUGCAUCUGCGAAAGUCCAGUUGGAGCCAACUAUUACAGAUGAAAUCUCUUUUUAUGGGCUCAGCAGUAAAUUGAAAAUGCGUGAGCUCUCCCCUUUGUCAUGGGUGCCAUCAUCUUCACAUGCUGAUCUGGUGGGGAAAAUCAUCUUAAGUUGGCUUGAUGCAACCAUCUCUUGUCCGUCAUCCUGCCUCCAGCCUGAGGAAAGUACUAGGUAUCGAGGACUUGAUGCAAGUAGCACUGGCUUGUUCCCCAUUGAGUAUGGCUGUAACAAUUUUAAACAGACGAGCAAUAGACCAGUGAUGCCCAAAGAUCAUUAGUGUUGGCUCCCUUUCAGAAAUGCCGCAGCUUUGUCAUUGUCCAGUACGGAAACACAAACACCGAUAUUUUUAAGUACUUUUAGUCACCUGUUUCACCAGUGGAAGAAAUGACAGAUGGCACAGAUGAUUCAUCUGUAUGAACCAGAUAUCAAGCUCAACAGAUUAUUUGGAUGAUAAAACUGAUCUCAAGGCUAACUAACCUUACAUACAGCGUAAAUUUGUUACUGUUAGCACAGCUUUCUUUCAGAUGACGUGAUCUUUUUGUUAGGAACAAGAACAAUAUUGGUCGCCUACGCAAGGGUACUGGACAAUGACAAAGCUGCGGCAUUAGCAAAUCUGGUAUGAACCAGAUAUCAAGUACCGAAACACUGAUGAUUCUUCUGUAUGAACCAGAUAUCAAGUACGGCCUUGGAGAAGCUUAAGGGCUCGUUCGUUUCUGCAGGAUUGCACCAAGAAUUAUUUCUGUUGAUCAUAACUUAUACAAAUCAGAGAAGCAAUCCGGGCCGGAACAGUUUCGGUCUUCUAUUCCCUGUCAACCGAACGGGCCCUAAGCUAGGUGGUUAUUGGAUCAGGCGUCUAUGCUGUGAGAGAACUGGCAAAGAGGAUCCUCCGUUUGUCCUUGGCUUCUGGUGUUACAGAAGAAACUGCAGAACCCAUGAGCGAAAAGGGUGGAUUAGUUUUAGCAAACAAGUGGUUACACUAGUUGUAGCUGUACUAUGUGUCCUCUGAAUUUCCCUGUGAAAGCAAUAUGAUCAAAGACUGUCAAAUAUAUCCUUUUUUAAAAAAAAAAAUUGCAAUAUGUAAGUUUAUCCA